AUGUCUUAUCAACAGCAGCAGAGCAAGCAGCCCUGCCAACCUCCUCCUGUGUGCCCACCCCCAAAAUGUCCUGAGCCUUGCCCACCUCCGCAGACCCAGCAGAAGUGCCCACCUGCACAACCUCCUCCGUCAACCCAGCAGAAGUGCCCUCCUGUGCAGCCUCCCCCAGCAACCCAGCAGAAGUGCCCACCGGUGCAGCCUCCCCCACCAACCCAGCAAAAGUGCCCACCGAAGAACAAGUAG